AUGGCCAAACAAGUCCGCGAACACAAAGCGAAGGGCGAAGUAGCCCUGGAGAUUAAAUGUCGCAUGCUACCUAGUCCAAUUUUAUCUAAAGACGACAAAUUGGUGCACAACCUGUCUUUGAAGGAGCUGACGGAGAAAAAAAUGCGGAUGAUAAUGUAUGAAGCCUUAUUUAACACAGCUGAUGCCAAUUCUGCGAACAUGGUUGCUGCAGUAAAGGCAAUUCACAGCCAAACAGAAGCGAUGAACGAAGCAAAGACGCUUUUACGGCACCAAGUGUCAUCUCUCCUCAGGGCUCAUAGACCACGCAACGCUCUCUCCACAGUCGAAUGUUAA